UUGGGGAGAAGCGCCAUGGCGGACGAGAAGGAGUCCACGUCGGUCCCGCUCAGCCAGGCGGCGGAGGCGGUCGACCCCGAGGACCCGGCCAAGUCGCCGCCGCGACCCAGCUCGCCCACCGCCUCCACACGCAAGGCAUGCUGCGCUGUUCUUCAAAGUUGGGUGUCGAGAAAAUUUAUGACCGGAUGUGUAGUUCUUUUUCCUGUGGCCUUCACCUUCUUCAUCACAUGGUGGUUCGUUCAGUUUGUUGAUGGUUUUUUCAGUCCACUAUAUGCAAAAGUCGGAAUCAACAUAUUCGGUCUUGGUUUUCUGACUUCUCUGGCAUUCAUAUUUCUGGCUGGAAUAUUUGUUUCUUCGUGGUUGGGUUCAACUGUCUUCUGGGUUGGAGAAUGGUUCAUCAAGAAAAUGCCAUUUGUAAAGCACAUAUAUUCGGCAUCAAAGCAAGUCAGCACUGCCAUUUCACCAGAUCAAAAUACAACAGCAUUUAAAGAAGUUGCGAUAAUUCGGCAUCCACGUGUUGGUGAAUAUGCAUUUGGAUUUAUAACAUCAAAUGUUGUCCUUCAGACAGACAAAGGCGAUGAGGAACUGUGUAGUGUUUAUGUGCCAACAAAUCAUCUAUAUAUCGGUGAUAUAUUUCUGCUGAACACUGACGAGAUCAUCAGACCGAACUUAUCCAUUCGAGAAGGAAUUGAAAUUAUCGUUUCUGGAGGAAUGACCAUGCCACAGGUGAUAGCAUCACUCGAACCCAUCCCAAAGAAGAGCCAGAGCAUCCGCCUAAAUAGAAUAAUGACAUGAAGAGUCGUUGAUACUACGAACUCGUGGAUGCGUGGAUGGGCGACUCAGGUGCUGGUCUGUUUGUGCUGUUCGUAUGUAAUGUGUUACAUGUUGAGGUUGGAUUUGGGAAUGUGAUGAACAAGCUGGACUUAAGCAUCAUAUCGACGCCCUGGAAUACUAUCAUAUGACACCUGUUGCUCUUCUCUCUGUUAGCUGACUGGCCCAAAAUGUUAACUUUGGUGCACCUGAGUGUACAAGUAGUGUGCCUGAUUAAAUUCAUUUGUAAAAGUGUGCCGUGUAACACCAUGUUGACUUCGUUACUAUAGUAUACAAAGUGCUGACUGGUUUCUUCGCGACCAA